AUGGGUUGCGGUCCAAGUUCUCCCUCCAAAAGUCAAGGCGAGUCUUCUCAUACAAACUUCGAAAUGCACAACCUCAACCCUCUGAGUUACACCCCCGAGACAGCAGAGAACGAAAUCCGCAGUUCCGUCGUCGUAACAGUCCACUUUGUGGCUCAUACUAUCGUCGAAGGUGGUGGAAACCAUUGGGUUAUUUCCUUACAAACUGCUCCGCGAAAAUCAAUUCGUUUAGAAAUCGUGCCUGGCGCGUAUCCCGGUCGCGUAGGUUUCCUCGGUCGUCUCGAUAUCAUCCGACAUCCCUAUGGCAUCACACGUCACUCGAACAAGACGGUGAGCAUACCUGCGCAGCCUGGCCACACUGUAGGCCAUUUCUUGGAUGCAAUCGUUGGAGCAGAUAAUCACCGCUAUGAAUUUACCCAGUCAGGGAGGGGCUGCGGUGGUUGGGUUCGAGACCAAUUUUAUCUUUUUGUACAACGCGGAUUGCUUCCUCCUGGAUGGGAGGCCGAAUUUGAGGCUGCAAUUAAUGUUUUUGGGUGCAAAAUGAGUCUCGUGGACCUUGGCCGUUGA